UAUAAAGGGCGGCGGCGCGGCACUGCGCCACCUUCUCACUGCGCGCUGGGGCCGUUGACGUGCAGCAGGAACACUAUAAAGGCGAGAUGGUGAAAGUCGGAGUCAACGGAUUUGGCCGUAUUGGCCGCCUGGUCACCAGGGCUGCCAUCCUUUCUGGCAAAGUCCAAGUGGUGGCCAUCAAUGAUCCCUUCAUCGAUCUGAACUACAUGGUUUACAUGUUCAAAUAUGAUUCUACACAUGGACACUUCAAGGGCACUGUUAAGGCUGAGAAUGGGAAACUUGUGAUUAAUGGGCAUGCCAUCAGUAUCUUCCAGGAGCGUGACCCCAGCAACAUCAAGUGGGCAGAUGCAGGUGCUGAGUAUGUUGUGGAGUCCACUGGUGUCUUCACCACCAUGGAGAAGGCUGGGGCUCACCUGAAGGGUGGCGCUAAGCGCGUUAUCAUCUCAGCUCCCUCAGCUGAUGCUCCCAUGUUUGUGAUGGGUGUCAACCAUGAGAAAUAUGACAAGUCCCUGAAAAUUGUCAGCAAUGCCUCGUGCACCACCAACUGCCUGGCACCCUUGGCCAAGGUCAUCCAUGACAACUUUGGCAUUGUGGAGGGUCUUAUGACCACUGUCCAUGCCAUCACAGCCACACAGAAGACGGUGGAUGGCCCCUCUGGGAAGUUGUGGAGGGAUGGCAGGGGUGCUGCCCAGAACAUCAUCCCAGCAUCCACUGGAGCUGCUAAGGCUGUGGGGAAAGUCAUCCCUGAGCUCAAUGGGAAGCUUACUGGAAUGGCUUUCCGUGUGCCAACCCCCAACGUCUCUGUUGUUGACCUGACCUGCCGUCUGGAGAAACCAGCCAAAUAUGAUGACAUCAAGAGGGUAGUAAAGGCUGCUGCUGAUGGGCCCCUCAAGGGCAUCCUAGCAUACACAGAGGACCAGGUUGUCUCCUGUGACUUCAAUGGUGACAGCCAUUCCUCCACCUUUGAUGCUGGUGCUGGCAUUGCACUGAAUGACCAUUUCGUCAAGCUUGUUUCCUGGUAUGACAAUGAGUAUGGAUACAGCAACCGUGUUGUGGACUUGAUGGUCCACAUGGCAUCCAAGGAGUGAGCCACACAGCCACACAGCCCCCCCUGCUGCCUAGGGAAGCAGGACCCUUUGUUGGAGCCCCUUGCUCUUCACCACCGCUCAGUUCUGCAUCCUGCAGUGAGAGGCCAGUUCUGUUCCCUUCUGUCUCCCCCACUCCUCCAAUUUCUUCCUCAGCCUGGGGGAGGUGGGAGAGGCUGAUAGAAACUGAUCUGUUUGUGUACCACCUUACAUCAAUAAAAGUGUUCACCAUCUGAA